UGUAUAAUUUUGAACAGAGUCGGAGUAAUAGUAAGUAUUGUCGGUGUAAUUGCUUUUUUCAGUUGAUGUGUACUUUAUUAUAAUGUGGUGUGUUGGAAUAGUUUUAUAUAAUGUUAAUUUCGGUGCCGUAACACUAGCAUAUACGCUUUCUGUUCGUCAUGUAUUAAUUAAAUCUUUGUUAAAUGUUUAAAAUAUGUAUAUGCAUGUUAAAAAGCAUGUGCCUUUUAUAAGUCAUUGCAUAUGUGACAGUUUUUGUGAUUAAUUUAAAAUCAAAGUUUAAACACACACACACACACACACACACAUAUAUAUAUUUGUAAGCAAAAAUUUUUAUCAUUAAUAUGUUUUCAAGGCCAAUAACUCCUACGCUUUAAUCAUUGUAUGUGUAUUGUACAAUGAUUUCUCUGAUGUGCACAAUUGAUUUAUAUAUACAUGUAUCUAUAAAGUAGCUGGGUUUUUUUUUAAUAUUUGUCAUUUUAACCAGUUUUUACAUACAUAUUUAAUAUUAUUAUGGUGUUAAAUGAAAAUGUGAGGUUUUCUAAUGUCGACAUAUUGAAGAUUUUAGCUGUAGAUUUAAUGUAAAAAAAAAAAUUGUUUAAAAAUAUUAACAAUUAAUAACAAUUUAGAUUUUCACAGAUAUUUUUUACCUUAAAAAUUAGAAUGUCUAUCUGAGCCUGGCUUGUUUUAUUAGAUUUUCAAAUCAUGCAUCAAAUCACAGCAAAAUUUGGAUUCUGAAUUUUUUUAUUAGCAAAUGAAACACAGAGCCGAAAUAGAAUUUUGGUGUAGUGAUCAACCUUAAUUAAGUGUUCUUUUGAAGAACCACAAUCCUCACAAAGUUAAGGUUUGUGAUUACAUACUCUCACAAAACCUCACAAAGUUCAGGUUUGUGAUUACAUACUGUUAUUUUAGCUUUAAUGCUCAUCUUAACUUUGUUUUGUUCUGUCUUGCAGAUGUAUAAUAUUCAGAAAGCACAUCCUGUGUCGUGGAUGUGUGUGUUUGUAAAAUGUAUAGUCAGACAUGUGUUUAUAUCAUAGGAUCAAUGUCUUCAUAUAUGUAUUGAAUCAUUGUAAUAACUCUGCCUUUCUUGGGCCAUCGAUUGGAAAUAAAAUACAUUGCACUG